AUGAAUGCUACGGGCGGAUCAAGACUGGCUCUAGGCCGUGAAAGACACGAAACGGCCACUGGAGGCGUGGAGGUAGAUGUCAAGGCUGGCGAUGUCAUCGUGGUUCCAGCAGGUGUAUCCCACCGAUCUCUGAGUGCGUAUGGGGAUUAUCGGUAUAUUGGAGUUUACCCCGAGGCCGCCCCAAAAUGGCGCAACAACUACUGCAGGGGCAAUGAAGACAUGGAAACCCUGCGAGAAGAGAUUGCUGGCGUCGAUAUUCCACAGCAUGAUCCGGUAUACGGUCUUGAUGGCCCUCUUGUGGAUAUUUGGAAUGAAGCCUCGCGACAGAAUAAGUUGUAG